AUGACUGCCAUGCUAAUCGUCUCGUGCUUUCAGGCUCUCGUCGCAGCUCAUGACGAGGUCCGAGACUGUAUGAUCGACCUCGACAUUGAUGCCUACCUUACUAAGAGAUGGCGUCGCCGCAAGCGCGUCAAGUACACGAGAAGACUAGCGGUUUACAAGGCCCAGCGAAAGGCAGUACUCAAGAUUGAGAUGGAAGUCAUCCGGGGCGAUUUGACAUGUCUUGGAGUUGGUAGAAUCUGCCCAGCGGAAAGAGCAUGGGGCAACGAUAACCCGCCAACGAGCACCCCCACAUCUGAGGGCAUGAACGCACAAGACAUCGCGGCCGUGACAAAAAUUGUGUCAGUCGCGCUUGAACAUCUGGACACUCGCGAAGUUGAGGAACAACCCAAGACUGCGGAAGACUACCAGUUGCUCCUGAAGAAGAAGGAAGAACUCAUGACCUUGUACAACCGGGUCUUACAGGUGCUUAACUUCACUCGACUACGGCGCGAAGGGGAAUCUCAAGCUCCAACAAUCGAAGCGGUUGAUGAGCUUGGGACGGGUUAUUCAACAUUGCUCAGGGGCGUUGAGUCUGUUCUCGCACGAGUCAUUGUGUGGAUUGAAGAGUACGAACACGACAACGGGAUCAACACUGGUGUUUCGGGGAGUUCAUCUGCGCGUACGCCCUGA